CCACAACAUUGCCCAAAAUGUCCACCCAGGCCUUGAACAAGAUCGCGCCCAACAGCCCAUCGCGGGCCAAGCCCAAUGAGAUCGAGACCAACAUCGCCACCGCGCUGUACGAGCUCGAGACCAACAUCCCAGACAUGCGCUCCGCCCUGAGGCCGCUGCAGUUUGUGUCCGCCCGCGAGAUUGAGGUCGGUCAUGGACGCAAGGCCAUUGUCAUCUUCGUCCCGGUUCCUCUCCUUCAGGGAUGGCACCGCAGCCAGCAGCGCCUCACUCGUGAGCUCGAGAAGAAGUUCUCCGACCGCCACGUCAUCAUCGUCGCCUCUCGCCGCAUCCUGCCCCGCCCCAAGCGCAGCAACCGCAGCCGCACCUCGCAGACACAGAAGCGUCCACGCAGCCGCACGCUCACUGCUGUCCACGACGCCAUCCUCGCCGAUCUCGUCUACCCAGUGGAAAUUGUUGGCAAGCGCAUGCGCACCAAGGAGGACGGCACCAAGGUACUCAAGGUCUUGCUUGACGAGAAGGAGCGUGGUGGUGUUGACUACCGCCUCGACUCGUACUCUGAGGUCUACAAGCGCCUGACCGGUAAGGGUGUGAACUUCGAGUUCCCCCAGUCGCACUCCGAGUAGAAGGAACGAAUUACGAUGUGGAUUCGAGACAUUUCUGAUGGCGCACUGGGCAUGGAGCAGGUAGCUACUUGAGCGUUAAACGGCCUCGAGAAGAAGCCGGCAGCUUUCAGAAUCAAAAGUUCAG